GUUCCGCGUUUUACCGUGGUGUGUGUCGACUGUCUACCGUCUUUCUUUUGCCUUUUAUACCGCACCCAAUAAAAGCUACUGUUACCUUAGUUAAUAAAUUGUAUAAAUUAUUUAGUUCAUUUAAUUUAUAUAACCCAAUAAAUCUUAAAAUGUUUUCCAAAGUACUUAACACCAUUGUUCAACAAAGUACCAGACAAUAUUCAUGCAAGAAAGGCUUAAAAGUAACAGUAUGUGGAGGAUCCGGCGGAAUUGGUCAACCUCUUUCUUUGUUGUUGAAACAAAGUCCUAUUAUAAAAGAUUUGGCAAUAUAUGAUAUUGCGCCUGUAACUCCUGGUGUAGUUGCCGAUUUGAGUCAUAUGGAUACUAACUCUAAUGUUACCAGUCACGUUGGUUUAGACAAUCUUAAGGACGCUGUUGCGAAUACAGAUGUUGUAAUUGUUCCUGCUGGUAUUCCUCGUAAACCAGGCAUGACUCGAGACGAUUUAUUUAAUACCAAUAUUUCAAUUGUUUGUGACAUUAUUAAGGUUGUUGGUCAAGUUGCGCCUAAUGCUCUUGUUGGUAUUAUUUCAAACCCAGUAAACAGCGCUGUUCCAGCUGCAGCUGAAAUCUUGAAGAAACUAAAUGUUUAUGAUCCAAAAAAAUUAUUUGGAGUUACUACUCUCGAUAUUGUCCGCUCAAAUCGAUUUGUGGCUGAACUAAAGGGUCUUCAAGCAAGUGAAGUCAAUGUACCUGUAAUUGGAGGACAUUCGGGUGUGACUAUAAUUCCGCUAAUAUCUCAGGCAACACCAAAUGUCUCAUUUGAACAAGAUGUAUUAGUCAAAUUGACAAAGCGUAUUCAGGAAGCGGGAACUGAAGUUGUGCAAGCUAAAGCUGGAGCUGGUUCAGCAACACUGUCAAUGGCAUAUGCUGGUGCUCGAUUUACUAUAUCCAUGUGCAAAGCUAUUCUUGGUGAACCAAAUGUCAUUGAGUGUUCCUAUGUUGAAUCGACUGUGACUGAUUCACCAUUCUUCAGCACUCCAGUUCUCAUUGGAAAAAACGGAAUUGAAAAGAACUUUGGUCUUGGAAAACUAUCUGAUUAUGAAAAUGAACUAGUUAAAGCAGCGUUGCCUGAGUUAGCUUCUAACAUCAAAAAAGGAGCUGACUUUGGAAAGAACUACAAAUAAUUAUUUUCAAAUUGUGUUAGUUGUACACUUUGUUAUAACCAUGUUUCUUUGUAUUAUUUAUUGUUAUACUGCUACUUAAAAAAACAUGCAAUUAUUAGAAAUUCAUGUAAUUAAAACAAUACAUAAAUGCUUUUAAAAAUAGAGUAUACAUCUAAAUUGUACAGAAUACAGUAAAUUCAUAUUUAACACAACUCGUAUGUAUUUACAAUUCUUACUUACUUAAGAAUUGUGAUUACAAAGCUAUACUUAUUUAUUUAUUUAUUCACAUAUUCCAGUUCAUAAAUGUAUUAAACCAAAUUUCCCUUAUACAAUAGUCAUACGAGUUGUUAUGUUAAUAAUAGUCAUAUAUUAAAUUAAAUAUAACAUAUAAAUUAUGUGUAUAGCUUAAAUUUUUAAGUAGCAUGUACUAUUAGUAAGUAAUAAACUGUUUUGGUAAACAUUUUUUUUUUUUCUUCUUUGAAUUAGAAUUUUAAUACAUGAACUUAAGUAAAUCAUGUAUACAGAGUUGCAGCAAAAAUGUGUAUUUCUAAUGUAAAUAAAAUAACACUACUAGUAACUCUUGUACAA